CUUAUAAAAGAUAUAUCCAGCGCGGAUAAGCCGUUAGUGAGAGAGAACCGAGAGACACGUCGUAGUUCCGCGGCGAGGAAAGCCGGAAGAUGGACGAGGAACAAGUGAAAAUGCUCAGGAGGGCUUUCUCCAUGUUCGACUCGGCGAAGUCGGGCCGCAUCGAAAAGGAAAAAGUGAGGACGAUUCUGAACACCCUGGGGCACACUUUCGACGAUCACGAGCUCGAGGUGAUUCUGAAGCAGGAGGACGAGGAAGGCAGCGGCAAAUUGAAUUUCGACUCGUUCUACCGGGUGGCGUCCCACUUCCAAGAGGAGGACGACGAGGCGCUGCAGAAGGAGCUCAAGGAGGCUUUCAGGCUGUACGACAAGGAGGGCAACGGAUAUAUUCCCACCAGCUCUCUCAGAGAGAUCCUAGCAGCCCUCGACGAUCAGAUAACGCCCGAUCAAAUGGACGGCAUGAUCGCUGAAAUUGAUACCGACGGAUCCGGCACUGUUGACUUUGACGAGUUCAUGGAAAUGAUGACCGGCGAUUAAACGCAAGAAGACCGCGAAUGCCACGUGGGAGAGAAAGCGAGAGAAAGAGAGGGAGAUAGAGAGAGAGGGUGAGAAAGAGAGAAGAAUAGGAAGAAGAAGAACCUUGCAUUUUCCAUUCUACUUCUACGGAACCGACUUCGAUCGACCAAGACAGCAGCAGCGACGCUUCGCAACGGAUCGAAGUAGCACAGGGAACCGUCCUUCAUUUCAUUUGUACAUUUGUUUGCGCCACGUUUGUAACGACACCGUCGAUUAAGCACACGAUUAAACGUCAUCUUAACCGA